AUGGCAGCACCAAACAACAACUCUAACCUUAAAGAACUUAUGGAAUUCAACACAAAUUCUCACCUUCCAAUUAAGUUAAGCGGAACCAAUUACUCUGCCUGGUACAAACAGUGCAGUGCACUCCUCAUUGCUAGUGACCUUGAAGGUUUUGUUACAGGCACAAAGAAGUGUCCUCCUGCUACUAUUGUUACCGGUGAAACUACAUCACCAAAUCCUGAUCAUUCCUUAUGGAUCAGACAAGAUAAACUAAUUUAUCUUGCUCUUCUUGGCUCCUAUGAUUCUGAAGCACGAUCUGUCAUAGCGACUUCAGAUAUGUCUUAUGACGCCUGGACUUCUCUUGCUCGUGCCUUCUCAAACUGA